GGACGGUCGGAGGGAGCCAUGGUGCCGUUGAGGGUCGAAACACGGAUUUCGCCUCGGCCGCCGUCCGAGUCCACCUUCCACCACACGCUGCUCUUCUCCUGGAGGAGGCGGGCGCCUGGCCGAGGACUUCGCCAGCGGGGCUCGGGCCGCGGGACAAGGCCCAGGGGCGUGGGCAGCACCCGGGCCUCUGCCCCCGCCUCGGACCUGGGGCCGGAAAAUCCGGCGGGUCCUUGACCCGAGCAUCAGCCUCAGGCUCUGCCUCCUUCCGGGAGCGGCCCGGCUCCAGCCCCGCCCCCUCCGGGCUCCGCCUCCGCGCGGACCCAGACCCCGCGCCGCUCAGCCCGGCCUCCGCUCCGAGCCCGCGGCGAGCGCGCCGGCUCCCGUGGCCGCGCUCGGUGGCUGCGCGCACGCGGUCUGAAGGCCGACUGGGAGGCCCUUCUGGAGGCCCGGCUGGCCCGGCAGGCACUGCGCGGGCAACAUGGCGGCGCCCAGCGAGCGGGGGCGCUUCGGGGUCGGGAACCUCUUCUCCUUCCUGCCCGGCGGCGCGCGCUCCGAAGCCAUGGAGGACCUGGUGACGGAUGCGCGCGGCCGGGGCGCGGGACGGAGAGACUCCGCCGCCGCCCCGGCCCCAUCUCCAGCCCUGGCACCGACCCCCGAACCUCAGGCCGCCGAGGACGGUUCCCGGAGACGGCACUGCCGGGCCUGCGUGGACUUCAAGUCGUGGAUGCGGACGCAGCAGAAGCGGGGCAGCAAAUUUAGGGAAGAUUGUCCUCAGGAUCGUGAGGAACUGGGCCGCCACAGCUGGGCCGUCCUCCACACCCUGGCUGCCUACUACCCCGACCUGCCCACCCCAGAACAACAGCAAGACAUGGCCCAACUCAUACACUUGUUUUCCAAAUUUUACCCAUGUGAGGAGUGCGCAGAAGACAUAAGGAAGAGGAUAUAUAGGAACCAGCCAGACACGCGCACACGGGCGUCUUUCACCCAGUGGCUGUGCCGCCUGCACAACGAGGUGAACCGCAAGCUAGGCAAGCCGGACUUCGACUGCUCUAAAGUGGAUGAGCGCUGGCGUGACGGUUGGAAGGAUGGCUCCUGCGACUAGAGGGCGGCCAGCGAGAGCCCAUGGGGCUGCCUGGCUAGAGAGAGGGUCGGGGAAGUCAUUAAAGUGCACCUAGCACUCUUCAGUGUGUGCAGAGCAAGAGCCUGUUGUGUUGCAGUUGGGUGUUCCCCAGCCACUUCCCAUGGGGCCCUUUCCUCCUCAGGGUGCCUGCUGAUGGCACCCUGAUGGCCUCCUCAGCUGAGCCCCUGUGGAGCUGCAGGUGAAGGAGUAACAGCCUAGGCUGCCCCUUCCCCUUUCUUACAAUACGUGUUUUUAUUGAUUUUUAGAGGGGGAGAAAGAGAAACAUCAAAACACUGAUCAGGUGCCUCCUGCACGCCCCCUACUGGGGAUUGAGCCUGCAGCCAGGCACGUGCCCUGGCCAGGAAUCAAAUGGUGACCUCUUCGUUCAUGGUUGAUGUUCAGUGACUGAGUGACAAGGCCAGGCUAGGCUGUUGCUUUUCUCAGGAUGUGGCCGCCUGCCCAUCUCACACCCUGGUGCCCACUUCCCCACACAGGAAGGAGAUAGUCUUGGCUGGGCUCCUCUGUCUCACAAAAUCCUUGAGACCAGGCCAUUGUCUCCCCGCUGUGGCUAGACACAGCCGCAGUGACUGUAGGUGGCCUCUGAGGCUGUGUGCUCUUUGCCCUUCAGGAAAGAGGCCCGAGGCGGAGCUUCCCACCCUGCUCAGUCCCUACAGGGAGGGCAGGUGCAGGCAUGGCUCCUCUCUGAGGGUCACCGACACCGCAGCUCCUUUCUGUUCAGCACGGCCUUCCAUCGCAGUGCCGGGCUCCUCAGAGGCUUCGUGGGUCGGCUCCCUCGGAUCUCGAGAC